AUGCUUCCCCGAUCUCCCACUGUCGAUGCCUUCAACCAGCAAGCACUCAGGCACUUUGGAAACCAGCCAGUCAGCAGCGAUAUGAUCGCGUAUCUCGCGAGGAUCGCGGACCGUGUAGUAAGCCACGGUUCACCACCUCCGCUCACGAGCCCGUGCGCCUCUCUUCAGCAGAAGGAUUCGACGCCCUUUCCUUCCGAACUACUUCAGUAUGGAGCUUGCUGGUAUGAGCCUGAGAAGUCUAGGCUACCGGCACUGGAGGAGUUCAUCGCGAAUCUAGUAGUCUCAUCUGAGCUCAGAGCCUUACCGCUCAUGUCGACUCUCGUCUAUCUCAACCGCCUCAAGUCAAAGCUGAAUACGACGGCCCAUGGCGUCUCUUCUACACCACAUCGCAUAUUCCUAGCGUCACUCGUCGUGGCCGUCAAAUUUCUCGAUGAUAGUCCACCCAAAAAUAAACACUGGGUGUUUCACUCUAGCGUCCAGACUGCUACCUCGGCUCUUCAGUUCACCCAAGGCGAUGUGAAUAAGAUGGAAGCGCAGCUCAUAUGUCACCUAGAUUGGGAUCUGACAAUGAGCGAGCAGGACUUGUGCGCCGCAAAAGAAAGCAUGGCGAGAAGAUGA